UUGGUGGGUCCCUGAUGCCAAAGUAUAAAACCUCUCUUUUACUUUUUAUUGCCUUGGUAGCAAUAUCGUUAAGGAAGGAGGCCAGGAUACAAAGGGUGACAGUACCCGCACUAGGGGACAAUCAGACCUGCAGACUUACUUGCAUAAAGAAGAUUGAAGCCUUCCCUCCCUCCCUCUGCCUUUCUGUAUAGGCCCCAGUGCACAUCUGCGUCACUUACGGGGGAGGGGGAGGCGCAGAGGCAGACAGAAAAUUGUACUGUGAGGACCUUAGAAGCUUUAAAAGCGUUCCCCUCUCUUUUUCUUUAUCUUUUCUUCUUUCUCUUUCUCUAAUUGGGGAGGGGGUGACGCAGAGGAAGCUCACUAUAAAGAGCUGCCCUUUUCUCUUGUUAGCUAUCUCUUGGCUAGCACAGAUAACCUGCAAGCAUGGGACUCCCCUGAGAGCCAGUGGAGGAAGAACCGGCGCACUCUGAUGGAGGGGGGCAGAGCGCUCAGGCGACUUUUCGCUGGCUCUCGGCGCUCUUCCAGGCUUUGAACUCUGGGGUUCUGAUUACGAGAGGAACUGGAGUCCCCACUGGUGUAGGAGAAGGCGGCCCAACGCGUCCGACUGGAGCUCUGGAGCUCCUGUGCCUUUGAUUAGGGGUUAUCUCGCUGCCGUCCGCUGCUUGCCUGCACUUCCCACUGUGCGUGCGGGUGCGCGCACAGACCCCCCUCUCCCCCUUGGCUCUCCAAGCGCAUCUCUCCUGAUCCUCCGUUUCCCCACCUUAUCUUAUCCUCCUUUCCUCUCCUCCCUUACCCCUCGUGGAUCUGUACGAGUUCUCCUUUCUCCUCCCUCCAGACCUGGGCUUCUGUCUAGAUCCCAGCUCAAACAGGCUGAGAGGGUCCUCUCCGGGAAGAAACAGCUUGUGGUGCCGUGGUCCCGCGGUACGCGGUCCUUUCGACAGGCGGCAGCUCAUAGCCAGUGGCUGGACAGUCAAUCCAGCAGUGACAUUCACUCUGGGUCCGUGUCCAAAGAGGAGCGUGAAGGAGCAGACUGUCUUCUUCCCCUUGCCUUCUUUUACCCUAUACCGCUAAGACUCUAGCCCUUCACUCUCCUUUCUCGCCUUAUCUGCAGUCGGUUCUACUUCUCUCCUUCCCUUUGGAAAUCAUGUCAGGCUCCGGAAGAAAAGACUUUGAUGUGAAACACAUCUUGAGACUCCGCUGGAAACUCUUCAGCCACCCUUCCUCUUCCCCAGGUGGACCGGCGGGGGGCAGCUGUCUCCAGCAGGACAGCAGUGGCAGCUUUGAGCACUGGGGACCAAGCCAGAGCCGUCUACUGAAAAGCCAGGAGAGGGGUAGCGGGGGCACUUUCUGGAAAAAGCCAUCCUCUUCGUCGUCCUCUUCUUCCUCCUCUUCCUCCUCCUCUUCCUCCAAUCCUCUCAAUGGCACCCCGACCCCUGCUGCUACCAGACUGCAUCAGGGAUUACCUGGUCAGAGUCAGCAGCACCCUCCCCGGACAGUCUUCUAUGUGGAGUCCCUGGAGGAAGAGGUGGUGCCAGGAAUGGAGUUUACUGGAGAACAUGAAAAGACCUUGGUCCUUCAAGAGAUGAAAGUUGAAUCUGUGGAUUCCGGUCAGGCAACAGGUGAAGGAUGUGGACACAGGCUGACAACAACUAGUCACUCUCUGACACCUCAAAGCGAUAUGGACUCUAGUAGUUCUGAGGAAUUCUAUCAGGCAGUACAUCAUGCUGAACAAACCUUCCGAAAGAUGGAAAGCUACUUGAAGCAACAACAACUCUGUGAUGUGAUCCUGAUUGUGGGUAAUCGCAAGAUUCCUGCUCAUAGGCUUGUUCUCAGCUCUGUUUCUGACUAUUUUGCUGCUAUGUUUACAAGCGAUGUUUGUGAAGCUAAACAAGAAGAAAUCAAAAUGGAAGGCAUAGAUCCUAAUGCUCUCUGGGACCUUGUACAGUUUGCAUAUACAGGUUGCCUGGAACUAAAGGAAGAUACUAUUGAAAAUCUUCUUGCUGCUGCUUGCCUUCUUCAACUUCCUCAAGUAGUAGAAGUAUGCUGUCAUUUUCUCAUGAAGCUUUUACAUCCAUCAAACUGUUUAGGGAUCCGAGCCUUUGCAGAUGCUCAGGGGUGUAUUGAACUCAUGAAGGUGGCCCAUAGCUACACAAUGGAAAAUAUAAUGGAAGUUAUCAGAAAUCAAGAGUUUUUACUCCUCCCUGCUGAGGAGCUUCAUAAGCUGCUGGCCAGUGAUGAUGUGAAUGUUCCUGAUGAAGAAACCAUCUUCCAUGCUUUGAUGAUGUGGGUUAAGUAUGACACACAGAGGAGAUGUAGUGACCUAAGCAUGCUUCUUGCCUUUAUAAGACUGCCAUUGCUUCCACCUCAGAUUUUGGCUGACCUUGAAAACCAUGCUUUAUUUAAAGAUGACCUAGAAUGUCAAAAACUUAUUCUGGAAGCUAUGAAGUACCAUCUGUUGCCUGAAAGAAGAACUUUAAUGCAAAGUCCAAGAACUAAACCAAGAAAAUCUACUGUUGGAACCCUGUAUGCCGUAGGGGGAAUGGACAACAACAAAGGUGCUACAACUAUUGAGAAGUAUGAUCUCAGAACAAAUUUAUGGAUCCAGGCAGGAGUGAUGAAUGGCAGAAGGUUACAGUUUGGUGUGGCUGUCAUUGAUGAAAAACUAUUUGUUAUCGGUGGUCGGGAUGGCUUAAAGACCUUGAAUACAGUUGAAUGUUACAACCCCAAAACCAAGACUUGGACUGUGUUACCUCCUAUGUCAACACACAGACAUGGUUUAGGUGUGACAGUACUUGAAGGUCCAAUUUAUGCUGUUGGAGGCCAUGAUGGCUGGAGCUACCUGAACACGGUGGAAAGGUGGGAUCCACAAAGUCAGCAGUGGACAUUUGUAGCUAGUAUGUCAAUUGCUCGGAGUACAGUUGGUGUGGCUGCACUGAAUGGCAAGUUAUAUUCGGUUGGAGGCCGUGAUGGAAGUUCUUGUUUGAGUUCAAUGGAAUACUAUGACCCUCAUACCAACAAAUGGAACAUGUGUGCACCAAUGUGUAAAAGAAGAGGGGGAGUAGGAGUGGCUACCUGUGAUGGUUUUCUUUAUGCUGUAGGAGGCCAUGAUGCUCCUGCUUCAAAUCACUGUUCUCGUCUUUUAGACUAUGUAGAAAGAUAUGAUCCUAAAACAGACACAUGGACCAUGGUGGCUCCUUUGAGUAUGCCUCGAGAUGCUGUUGGGGUUUGUCUCCUGGGUGAUAGGUUAUAUGCAGUAGGUGGGUAUGAUGGACAGUCUUAUCUGAACACUAUGGAAUCCUAUGACCCACAAACAAAUGAAUGGACACAAAUGGCUUCCUUAAACAUUGGAAGAGCAGGUGCCUGUGUCGUAGUCAUCAAGCAACCUUGACCUGCUUAAAUUCCUUGGGAUUUGACUCACUGGAGUGAUUAUUUUUCUAUCAGAUGAUAAGAAUGGUUACUUUAUAAGAACAAGAUUUUAUGAAAAUAGAGCUACUGCUAUCAAAGAAGGUGGAAGAUCAAAAAGAAAGGGAAUAAGAGAACACUGAUUAGUCUGUUUUGGGGACAAAUGUCUGGACAUGUAGUUAGCUGAGGAACUGGUUUUGGUACUUUGUUUUGUAGACUAUAUAAAAACCAUAAAUGCCAAAAGUUGUAUCUUUUUUUUUUUUUAAUCACCUAAAGAUAGAGAAACAGGUAUUUAUUUGUGGCAUGUCUUGUUUUCAAAAACUACAGCAUUCAUUUUUUUAAUGUCACAUAUUUUAAGAGGAAGUCAACAGCAGUGAACAUUCAUUAGUCAGGGUUCAUUUGAAUGAGGUGUUAUUUUCUUAAUUUGAUGUGAUUUUUGAAAGAAAGGUGAAUAAUUUCUAUUAAAAUAAAAUUGUUUGAGAGGAAUUUUAUUGGUCAUUUUCCUAAAUCAUAAUGAAAAUUAAACAGAAAGACUCAUGUUUGCCUCUUCACCUUAGAAAACAAAAUAAAACAAAACAACUCUCCCUUCCAUAAGAAAUGCACAAUGGUUAUCACAUUUUAUUCUGGAUGCCUAAACUAAUUGGACAUAGAAGAAAAAAACUAUUUUAGCUAGAUUGUCCACAUUAUUUUGUUUGAUAAGAACAUCAGCCACAGAAUUAUGGCUUUAAAAUUGACAUUUGCUUUGUGUUGAGUUCAAUGUAUGCAUGUGAGAUGUAGUCCUAGAGUACUUCUUUGCAUGUCUUGCAUGUUAAAGGCCAGAAACUACUUGAAAAACUAAAUUGUCUGACCUAUCAGGAUGCUGAUGUCAAGGUCUUAAAGUCACAAGUGUGAAAACAGAACUCUAAUUCUUACUCCACCAGUGACUCUUUAGAGCCAAUAACACUGAGUUAUUUUAUCUGUUCCAAAAAGUUGUUUGUGAAGAAUACUUUGCCCAUGAACAAAAAUGAAUAAAAAUUCAAGAAGCAUGGUAGUUUCUCAUGUAUACUCACAUUUCAACCAACAAAUGGUUGAAAUAAAGAUUAUUUUUGCUAAUGAGUGUUUCAUUUCAUUUUUUAAAAAUAAAAUUGAGAAGGAAACAGUGGUAAGAUAGAAUGUAAUGGAAAGUACAUUUUCACUGUCUUCCUCAGACCUUGAAAAGCCCAUAUCUACAUUAAACUAUCAGGAAAAGAUACCUCAUAAGUAGACCAAGCUGCCAUCAACAAGAGUAAACCUUCAUUAAAACACUCACUUAACAUCAUCAGUACUUAAUGGAGUAUCUUGUCCCGUAGAAAAAGCAUGUGAUAAGACUCAGGAGGCAUAUAAAGCUGAAGUGGACAGGAACUGAUAGAAUUGCUUCCUUCUGAACUAAUGAAAGCUUAUAUAAGAAUGGAUGAGGUCACAUUUCAGAUUCAGAAGCAUAAGGACAUCUGUCUUAACUAGUUAUCAUUCCUCAUAUUUAUUGGGUGCUUACAUUUAUUGAGAAUUCUUAAGAGGUAUUUCUUACUGCUAAGAUAAAUUGAAAUAAAAUUCAAAUAAAGAGAAAAUGAAAAUAUCUGGAAUUUUGAAAAAUAAAACAAAGGGAAUUCCUUAUUGCUCUUUUUUCUUUUGUAUUCUCUUUAUAGCACUGGGUUAUGUGGAAGGCUCCUAAUGGUUUUAAAGCCAAGUUUGGUAGAGAAUGUUCUACUUGCCAAAGUCAUGAAUAUAGAUACUAAAACAGUAACAAUCAGAUCCAAAAUCCAGAAGUAAUUAUAAAGUAAAGAAGGCUUUCUUUCUUUGUACAGAAAUUGGUUAGUGAUUUUUUUUUUCCUGGAUCUGGAUUGAUGUUUAAGCAAAUUGUCAUUUUAUUGAAUGGCUAAAACUAAAAAUAUUCAAUGAUAAUAAUGACUCUACUUGUUUCAUCCUUGUUUUGUUGUAUUAUAUUUUUUAACUUCUCUAUUUUUAAUCCUUUAGGAUGAAAAGUAUGCCACCAGGAUUUUUUUCCCUACAAUUUAAUAAAGCAUUCAACAUGAUGUCAGAAAAAUUUCUUCUAAUUAAAAAAACAUUAAAAAGGAUCAAUGGAAAUUGAUCCAAAUUGUGUUAUAUAUAUAUAUAUAAACCGAUAUUCCUGUUAACACUGAUAAUGGGUGUGCUUUGGUUCUCUACUUAGAAGAAUUUGUUCCCCCUCCUUACCCUUAAACUGGAUAUAGUUUAUGGAAUGGUCUAAUGCAUUUUCCUUUUGGAAAGAAAGGUCAACUUCUACGGCUAACUUCCAUUAGUUAGAUGUAAAUAAAAGGACACAUUUCAGACCAUUACUGUUCUAAUGUGCUUUAAACAUUUUUAUAUUCCUUUAUAUCUAUAGUCUCAAAUGUGAAACAAAAUUUAGGGAAAUUUAUUUUGAGAAUUUAGGGAAGUCUAAUGUGGUAGUUAUCGCAUUUAUUGGACAAAAUCAAGGCAUAUUAUCAACAAAGUCAAAAGUAGAUGUUGGGUUUCUUGUAAUAAGUGAAAUAAAAAUGAAGGUAUAUCUGCAAGCUUUAAAAUUCACAUAAUGCUUUAUUUGAUUAUUUUUAAAUGAAAAAUUUGUUUAAAAUCUGAAUGGCAAAUUCAGCUCUUAACCAAACCCAAAUAAUCUUAAAUAAUUUAAAAUUCACUUUAUGUUUUUUUACUGAAAUGCAUUUUGUUUUGCUCAAAACAAAUCUAGUGUUAUGAUAAUUAAAUUCAUUUUUGUGAAAACUGAUAGUUUUCUGUUCUUAUUUUUUUUCUAAGUUUUAUUUAAUAACAUAUCAUAGUUAAAUUGACCACCAUGUUUGGGAAAUAUUUGGCAUGGAGUGUUCCAUGAAACAAUUUAGGAUGAAGGUGUUCUAAUCUCCAGAUGAAAUACAAAUUCAAAUUGUCAAGGUUUUUCAUUCUGAUUGAUGCUAGACUAACAAUUAAUCCAACUCCCUUCUUGUUUCCUUUCUAAACCACUGCUCUCCCUUCCCUUUUCUUUCUUUUCUUCAUUGCCCUCUUCUCUCCCUUUCCCCUAGAAUUAAUUGCCCUAAAAAGGUAUUAACCAGGGGUUUGUUAGUAAAUAAAUGCUUUAAAACCAGGUUCUUGAGAAAAAUAAAAAUGUACAAAC